CCUGGCAGCUCUAGCCCCUUCCUCCCCCAGGCAGCUACUGCGUUAGUGUGACUAGUUAGCAGGGCUCACGUCUUACUUCAUUUCUGUUGGUAGUUGUGUGAAUGCGGUGGCAUGAGUAUAAUUUGUGUAGCCCAGUUCCUGAUAGUAGAUAUCCAGGGUAAUUUUGUUUUCCUCUUCCUGUGUUUUCAUAAAGUUUUCCUGCUGUCUCUAGGCUUUGGGAAGGCUCUUGUGGGGCAGGCUGGUGGUGGCAGUGGGGGUGGCAGAGGACGAUGUUCCUACUAUAAGUGGAGUAUUCUGCAGGGAGCGUCAGGGUAACUGGCUGCCCUCUCUUUGCUGCCUGGCUUAUGCUGCUUCCUUUUUGACAACAGGGGUGCGAUGUCCAGAGGGCAAGGCAAACUCUGCUCAGGCUGCUUUUUGCAAGCUUUCACUUUCAGAUGGCAGGAGCCAGAGAGGGGUUGACUCUUCCCGGUGGUAGCACUUAGGGGGGCCCUGGGGCCGGGGUCUCUGCAGAUGCUGUUGUGACCUCUGCCAGGUUCUGCUGCUUCUCUGCUCUUCUAUGAAGCCCCCUCCCACUCAGAGAUGAGGAAUCCUGGGCCCCCAGCACUCCGGCUCUGAACUUUCUCAAGUGCUGAGUUUGCAGACGCCUUAGGAAGUCACAGCCUUUCAAAGUGGGAAGGAAGAGAAGCAGUAGGGGGCGACAGAACAAGCAAGCAGGAGCUGGCACGUCCUCCGUGGCUUGGGGCCCAAGUCUGGGUCCUGUGUCCUGGGAGAGGAGGAAGAUCACCAGUGUUGUGUGACCCAUGAAGAGAUAAGGACCCAUGGGCCCCAGGGCCCUGGGCUGGAUCUCUGUCCUAUCCUGUCUUUCUCCUCAGCUCUGAAGAAAUGGAGAAUUGCUCCAGCAGCUCUUUGUUCUGCUGUCUCACCUCCGUACUCCUCCUCACCCGGCUGCCCACCUGUGUGUCUGCAGACAAGUUCCUUGUGAUGGGACCCUUGGACCCCAUUGUGGCGGUGCUGGGCGGGAAUGCCAUGCUGCCCUGCUUCCUGUCCCCAGCCAUGAAUGCGGAAAGCAUGGAGCUGAGGUGGUUCCGCAGCAAGUUCUCAGAUGUGGUGUUCGUCUAUCGGAACCGACAGGAGCAGAACAAGGAGCAAAUGGCCCAAUACGCAGGGCGGACCUCGCUCGUGAGCGACUUCCUCACCCAGGGGAAGGCUGCUGUGCAGAUCCACAAGGUCCAGGCUUCUGAUCAUGGGCUGUACACCUGCUUCUUCAAAAAAGGAGCCUUCUAUGAAGAGGCCACUUUGGAAUUGAAGGUGGCAGGGGUGGGCUCCGCUCCUGAAGUUCGCAUUGACGGGCCCGAGGACGACGGGAUCCGCGUGGUGUGCACGGCCUCGGGGUGGUUCCCAAAGCCCCAGGUCCAGUGGAGACACCUCAGCGGAGAGAAGUUCUUGGCGUUCUCUGAGGCCCACGCCCAAGAUGCUGAGGAGCUAUUCAGUGUGGAGGCCACCCUGGUGGUGAGAGACAGCUCUGCGGGGAACGUGACCUGCUCCAUCCUCAACCCCCUCCUGGGCCUGGAGAAGGUGGCGGCCAUUUUCCUCCCGGAGGCCUUCUUCCCUCAGGCGUCUCCCUGGAAGUCAGUGUUUGCUGUGAGCAUGGUCAUGCUGGGUCUCCUACUCUUUGGGGCCGCAUAUUUUAUCACGAGAGAAUAUUUCACAAAGCUGCAGGAGCAGGAGGAAAGGGAGAGUCUGCGCCGGGCUAAGGAGGAGGACCAGAAGGCAAAGGAGGAGACGCUGGAGGCCGUGGGUCAACUCCAGGAAGAGCUUGACAAGAGGAAGAAAGCUUACAGGGUUGCCUGGAGGAAGGCCCAGCUGUACGCAGAUUGGCGGACGGAAAAGUUCCAGGCCUGGUCUGUCACUCUGAAUCCAGGCUCUGCCCAUUCCAACCUUGCCAUUUCUCAUGACAAGAAGACACUGACCUGGAAGGACACCAGUGGUAGCUCAAGUGAAUGUUUUAGCGUGUUGGGCCUUGAGGGCAUCACGUCGGGGCGAGUUUACUGGGAGGUGGAGGUUGAGAAUGGAGACAGCAACCAGUGGACUCUGGGGGUCUGUAGGGAAGAUGUGAAAAGGACAGACUGGUACAAAGAGUCCCCAGAUAAGGGGUUCUGGGUUAUGGGGCGGUUUGAUGUUGGAUAUUGUGCCUGUACUAAACCUGAUACUCAGCUGUGCCUUCAGCGAGUUCCCCACAGAGUAGGUGUUUUCCUGGACUACAGUGAAGGAGAUGCUUCCUUUUUUAACAUGAACGAUGGGUCCCACAUUUUCUCCUUCCCUCCGGCUUCCUUCUCAGGGACUCUGUUUCCAUACUUCAUGUUACGUUCAGGAGAUUUGUCCAUGACCAUCUGCUCUGUGGUGGGUGGGCCUGAGGGGCUCCCUGCAUCCCAUAACAAUUCUUCUUUGGAGGAGCUGAAGAGCUCCCCAGGGGAGAGGUUCAUCUCAGGCUCAGGUGUUGGUGGUAUUCCUCCAGAGGUGGAAUCCCCAUUACUACCCUUCAUCCCUGAGACUGUGGCAUCAUAGGGUCCUAUUACUGUCCUUUGACCCCUGACUGUGGCUCUUCCAGGAGCUACAGACUUCUUGUGUUAAAAGCUUCUGAGCUGAGUCCUGGAUGGCCCUGGGAACCUUGUCCUCUUGUUCUGAGUGUAGAGUCCUGGGAUAUGUGGUUAUGAGAAUAGUUACUUCAUGCCUUGUGCUCAGCUAGCCGAAGAUAAAAGUUGGCUGUUGUUGGAAUUGCCUGGAGUAGGCUAACUUUAACCAGGAGAAGUAAUUUUUCUUUUGGUAUUAAAAAAUGUUUCAUGGGAGUUUAUAAAAUAAAUGUUUCAUACUGUUUGGAUAUGAAAGUGGCUGAAGGCUGAAUUACUCUGCAGAGUAAAGGGGAAUUUACUUUAUUCAACUUGGGUUUGUGCAGAGGGACCCCGAGGUUGAGGGUGGUCCCAGCUCUAUUCUGGGGAGUUUGGCGUAUCUGACCAGAAAAGUUGGCCAUGUAAAAAUAUCCAGAGAGGGCUCGGUGCCUGUAACACAAUGGUUACGGUGCCAGCCACAUACACGGGGCUGGCAGGUUGGAGCACUGCAUGGGCCAGCUAAACAACAAUGACAACUGCAACAGAAAAUAGCUGGGUGUUGUGGUGGGUGCCUGUAGUCCCAGCUACUUGGGAGGCUGAGGCAAGAGAAUCACUUAAGCCCAAGAGUUUGACAUUGCUGUGAGUUGUGACGCCACAGCAAUCUACCCAGGGCGACAUAGUGAGACUCUGUCUCAAAAAAAAAAAAAAUCCAGAGAAAUGGAUGACUGAUGGAUUUGUAAGAGGAGAGAAUCUAAAUCUAGUAUUGUCUGUUAUCCACUUUUUAUUGUGGGAUGGAUGACACACACCAUUAUUUUUUUUCCAAACCUUACUAAAUUUAUAUUACCUGUGAAAAAGUUGUGCUGUGAUAAUUCAUGGAGUUAAGGAUAAGGGCGUGGGUUCACCUUUUCUGUCAAUACCACAACUAUGGAAAGAAAACUUACUACAAGCAGGCAGUAAGUACCAGGAUAAGACAUGAAUGAAGAAGAGAAUUUUCAGGUACAGGGUGACGUGUAGAAAGCUUUGACCAUGAACAUUUCCAGUUAGUAAAUAUAUUGCCUGUUAGCAUUUCCUAAUCUGAUGGUAAGAAUUAGUUUACCUAUGGGGGUGGGUGGGGGAAAAGGCUGAGGCAAACUAGAGUACAGAGUUUAUUUGGGUCAUAUUUGAGGACUACAAAUAUUCAAGUUGCCUUGAAUGUUAGAUCAAAUUAGCACCAGUUACAAGUGUGUUUUUUUCUUUCUCUUUUGUCUUUUUCUUGAAGAUAGAGCAUAGUGGUGGCAUCAUGAUAGCUCCCAGCAAUUUCAAAUUCCUGGGCUCGUGUGAUCUUCCUGCCUUAGUCUCCUGAGCUGGGACUAUAGGCAUGUGCCACCAUGCCCAGCUACUUUUUCUGUUUUUAGUAGAGAUGGGGUCUUGCUUUUGUUCAGACUGGUCUCAAACUCCUGGGUCAAGGGGUCUUUUCGCUUUGGCCUCCCAGAAUGCUAGGAUUAUAGGCAUGGGCCAUUGCACCUGGCCAGGGUCAUGACCUUUGAGGAGGCUAUAGCUAUAACUGAAAUAAUAUUUGUUAAUCCAGGGAGAAUAAAAUUUUAGAAGGACAAACUUAAUUUUGAUGCUCCCCUUUACAACCAUUAGGUCCAUAUUGACUGCAAGACACCAAAUCUUUACUUAUCAUGUCAUCACAGGUGUUUUUAAGUUGGGCCCAGUCUAUUUUUCUUAUGUUAUUUCACAUUGCUGCUUAUUCCUUUUCACUUACAGUCUAGCAGGCCCAGCCACUGACUUUCUGUAGAUUCUCCACGAUAUCAUGUAAAUCCCUCUGGUCAUUGGCUCAUCCUUACUCUUUGGACUGGAUUCUAUUUCACCUUUAAAAUCAACUUUUCUCUUGCUGAUGUAAUCCUAUUCUCUCUUCAAGCAAGGCAAAUGUCAACUUUCUGUGAAGCUUCCUGGCACUCUAAUAGGAGAAAUAGUCGUUCCUCCUUUAGUAUUUUGUCCCUAAGCUCUUUGUCACUAUGUAUAAUAGUUGUUUAAUUUUUUUCCCUUUUGACUGAGAUUCUUUCAGUAAUUUAAAAAUACUUCUUAUGAAGUCUAGCUAAGCUUGAUUCUGGAGAAACUAAUAGGAAAAACAUCUGAUCCCCCAUCUCUAGGCACUCAGUGUCUAGUAAAGGAGGUAAACAUAUAAACAGAGGAUAAUCGAGGUAUAGUAAGAGUGUUUGGGAACUGAAUGGAGGGCAAUCUUCAUUUUAGGUGUUUAGGAAGACUUUACAAAGGAGAUGACAUUUGAGUUGAAUCCUACAAGUGAGGAUUUGUUAGAUCACAAAGGGUAGAAUGUAAAGGCUUAUAACACCUAGUCAAAAGUGACUGGAUUAUGGUUUAGUUUUAAUGUAAUUUUCCUUAUUUAGUACAGAAUUUCUAUACAGAAAUUUUCAUGAGUUAUAAAACUGUGUGGGUUCAUCAGAACUGCCACUAGAGACCAUAGAGUUCCUCCAUAUGAACAGGAAGAAGAUGCUUCUUUCUCUGGGAAAUUUCAGGUACUUACUCACCUCUUGUCUGGAUGCCAUCACAUGGUAUACAAUUUGCAUGAGAGGUUGUGCUUUACCUUAUUAGCAGUGAGCGGUUAUUAAAGAGUUUUAAACAGAAAAAUAAACUUUGUUGUACUUUAGAUACUACAGUCUGAAGGAUGGAGAUGAGACAGAAAGCAGGAAGGCCCUGUAGGAAGAAAUUGCCCAGGGACAAUGUACGACUAUAACCUUGUGAUUGUGGCACAGAUUCCAAAGUUGUUUGGGAAGUGAAAAUAACCUGGCUAGGCUUUUCGUCAUUACAUGAAUCCUAUUUCAGUGGACAAUUGAAGCAUGUGGUUUUUCCAUAUAUUCAUUAAUUUAACUAAUAUAAUUUAUUAAACAUUAUAAAAUAUAAUUAAUAUACUCAUUACAUGUAAUUUAACAAUGUGCAUCUAUUGUAGACUAAGCAUUGUGUUAAGUAAAUUAGCAGCAUAAAUGGGACAGAUAAAUUAUCUUCUGUCAUGGAGCUUAUGAUUGGUGGAAGAAAGCAAGCUAACUGAACUUAAAAUUAGAAUAAAAUGUAAAUGUGUUAUGUGUUUUGAUUAGGGAAGUAGAGGUGUUGCAAACCUAACUUCUAUAUAGCUAACCUAGUUUGGGGAAUGAGAGGUUUCCUGGAAGAGGUUGUAGGGGAAAAUGAGCCCUGAUCUUUAGCAUAAGACUCACUUCCUGCUUGUGAGACCUGGAGAAUCAUGAGAAUGGCAUGUGAGUUUUGUGCAUGCAGGAGAUCAGAAAACUGGCCUCCCAGAGAAAAUGUAUGUGUGGAGGUGUGGCAAUAAUAAUUGUAGUAAAGAUUCUCUAGAUUCCAAAGUUCUCUUGAUGAUGGAGGCUUGAGUUGUGCUCUAGGUCUGCGGUUUUGCAAAAACAAAGGUGAAGACAUUCUAGCUCAUCUUCUCCAUCUCCUCCCUAAUCAGUGCUAAUGUCAGACAGGCAGCUUUUGUUUACUUCUUCCUGUUUUAUGAUUAUCAAUAUGGACCUGAGGUUUUCUCGGAAGGGCUCCUCUUAAGAGUUCCUCAGUCCUCUCAGUCCCCUGACACAGACUUUGUGUCAAGCCUCUUCAUUCCUCAUGCCAAGACCCCCUCUUCUGGUGACCCCAAACCGCUACAGGAAGUGACUUACAAACUGAUCAGAAAUUAGUAAGACUUGUCCUACAUAUGUGAAUUCAUAACAAAGUGAGAAAGGAUGGCCUGAUGUGCUUGGUGAUUAGGAAGUGGACGAGUAAUGAGAAAUAAAGCUGAAGAAGUAGGCAUAGAUCAUAGAGGUCUCGCAAACCAUGUUAUCUUCUAAUGGGGCAACGGAAAGCCCUUGAAGAUUUUAAGCAAAAGAGCAACUUAAUCAGAUUUAAGAAUACGAUUACCUUUGAAUGCAAUGUGGCAAGUGGAUGGGGAGAGAAGGAAUAUAAGGAGACCAUUUAGGAGGUUGCCAUAGUAAUCCAGAUGAGAAAUUAUGAGGAAUUGACCUAAUGUGGUGGCAGUUGGGAGAGAUGGAAAUGGAUAGCUUUAAUAGGAUUUGGAGGAUUAGGGAGAGGGAGGAGUCUUGGGUGGAGCUCAGGCAAUGCUGGUGGAGAACUAGGUUACAGGGACACUGGAGGGGAGAGACGAGUUUGACUUUGGAUACCUCUUCUUCUCAUUCGGUGUUCCUUUUCUGUAUGAUCUUGACUCGUGGCUUCAACUACCAUCUCUAUUGA